AUGAACACGUUGAAUACCGAUAGACCUCAGCCGAACUAUCCCUCAAUUCAGCAGAGUCAGUGGGAGAUGUCACAGCGGAGGGCGUCCGAAGGAGACUACAUGGCGGGUCCAGGAAGUCAUCCUCAAGGAAAACCAUUACGUCAUCCAAUGCAACGACACGAUGAGGAGGUAGAAACCGAUCUUCAGGGUCAGCUACAGAACUUACAAAUCGAUGCACCUCAUUCAACUUAUCAUCCUUACCAACCACCCCCAGAGGAGCAUCCUUAUCAACCAUAUGGACAAACCUACUAUCCCACUCAGCAGUCCUUCCAAUAUCCUUCUUAUUCGUAUUCGCCAUACCCAGAACACAUACAAGGACACUCCACUUCGCCAAUAAACCCGUCAGGGCAGCAUUUCGGUAUGUGGACCAGUCCCCCACUGAGUCCCGCUGUAUCAUCUGUUCCUUUCCGUCCACCACUACCAUCUUCACGCCCCGGACCAGCAAGUGUUGGAGAAUAUAGUGCAUUCUACGGACCUUCCCGUGCAAGUUAUAGUACUGGGCCAACAUCUAAUUGGACAAGUCCUUCCAUGCCCUCGACAUAUGGCUUUUACUCUCCUUACCAACAGCAACAACCGACAAUGGAACCUGUUCGACCUAACUCCAAUGAAUGGUCACCUGCUCCCUCCACCAGCGUUGGUCAGCCUUAUAGACGAGCAAAUCGUCUGUCAUGGAGUGGACCGUCCCGACCCCCCAAAGAGUUGUCAAUUUUACAGGAAAAGGAGAAAGAACGAGAGCGAAAGGCCUAUCAUCCUCAAGCGCCCGCGCGCAGAUCAGAUUGGGUGAUGUGGGUGGGCAAUGUUCCUCCUAAUACCUCUCAUGAGGAGCUAUGGCGGUAUUUCAACAACACUAUUCCCUCCAUCAAUCCAGCAGAUGAUGCAGAACCAUGGCGGGGACCUUCAUCCAUCUUCCUCAUAUCCCGAUCUUCAUGCGCAUUUGUAAAUCUUUCCUCUCAAACAGAUUUGAAUCGAGCUGUGGCAUUUUUCAACGGAAAGUCUUUACGUCCAUGGGAUGUACGAUGUCCUAGAAUGCUGUGUCGGAUUAGACGCAAGGACGACGAUUUGAGAUCUGGUGUCGGUGCCCAAAGAGGUACAGGUAUGCAUCGAGGAUGGGUGAAAGAACAGGAGAUUAAACUUCCUCGACAAACUAGCUCCGCAUCAAUAGGCUCUACAAAUUCAGUUCCACCUAGUCCGGCAGUCUUAGAACACGCUCCAGACGGAGAGGGUCGACGACGAGAAUCUAUAGUCAAAGAAGGUAACGAAGAAGCCAAACACAAGUCUAGUGGUAGUUUUGCGAGUACAAACUCCAGUUUCCUCAUGAAGCAUUUCCCCAAGCGAAUCUUCAUCCUGAAAAGCUUGACAACUGCCGAGCUGGAGGAAUCUGUCGCAACUGGUAAUUGGAAAACGCAGCGUCAUAAUGAGCCAAUACUUGACCAAGCGUAUCGAACGUCUCAGGAGGUCUUCCUCAUCUUCGGUGCUAAUCGAUCUGGCGAAUUUUUUGGUUACGCCAAAAUGAUCGAGCCUAUUGACAAGGAGCGAGCGAAGAAGAAUCACUCAACCGGUCCUUCCAUCGCACGUCGAGCAACGGGUAUGGAAUCUGACACUCGACCCCCAUAUUUUCUUACACCUUCUCAAAGUCAUAUCGCAAGCUCAUCUCCUGGUGAGCUUACGCCCAACGAGGAAGCCAGGAUAGAGCACGCCGUUGGCUCGCGUCGUACUGAUCCUUCCGAUGUUCGGAAACGCCCUCAUGACAACAAAUCGAUUCAAUCCGCUCCCGAAUUUCGAGCUCAGACAUUGGACCCUAAAGCCCUCAAAGAUGAUUACUUCCCUCCAGUGCCUAUCGCUGCUACAACACCAGGCGAGGAAAAUGCUGAUCAUCAAAAGCAGCUGGGUGGUUCAGAUCGUCAGGCUAUUGAAGAUGAUCAAGGUAUUCUGCGCAAGGACACCCUGCUCUCACUCGAUGAGAAAGCUGAACGAGAGGAAGAGGAAGCUCACGAUGAGUUUGCGGAGGAGAGUCGAGGUCAUGUCUUCCGUGUUGAAUGGGUCAACAUCGGUCCGGUCGCAUUCAAUAAAACCCGUCACCUCCGCAACCCCUGGAAUUCCGAUCGAGAAGUCAAAGUGUCCAGAGACGGCACAGAGGUUGAGCCAGCUGUCGGCACUGCACUCAUGGCCAUGUGGGAAACAUCUCCAUCUUGA